AUGGUCAGCCCUUGCCUUGUGGAGUCUCUCAGAUCAUCACAUGCCUUUCUCGCCGCUCCCCCUUUCCUGCUCCCUUCUGUUUUCCACCUCUAUUGUAUUAUCAUCUCUAUUCCAAACUCCUGCUUUCUCUGUUUUCUCCGCACAGCGUCUCCCUUGUCCUCCGCAGCAGUUCAGAUUAUUACGGCAGAGCAUGGCGGCGACACGGUGAAAAUCAUGACUUACCGCACGGCACACCGUAGCAUUCUCGCUGCCUCCACCAGCGGCAGCACCGCCGCCGGCAGCACCACCAGCGGCAGCGCCAGCGCGCAGGUUGCGACGGAGGUGGAGGUGGGAGUGACGCGGCUGAGCUUCAGGUCGCAGCGCUGCGUGAGCGUGGCGAAGAAGGCCAUGCGGAGCAACGUGACCGUGUGGUGGAAGGGCAGUGAUCCCUCAUCCAGCUCCUCCGCAGCCUCGGGCAGCACGGCGGGCAGCACGGCGGGCAGCACAGCGAAGGGCGUGCAGUGCGCGCAGGUCAAGUUCUUCAAGAAGGCUGGCUGCAAAGGCACGGCGCUGGACAGCGCGGUCAACCCGCGCACUGCUGGCGACACAUCCCCGUUCCCGAGCAGCGGAAAGGCGGUCAGCAAGUGGGCUUCGGUGUUGUCUGUGCUCUGCGACACUGAUGAUCCUGCCUGUGCGGCGUUGGGGUGUGAGCCGGAUGGCACCUUUGUGGUGGCAUUCCCAUAUCUUUCUUAG